AAUUAUGGAAAAAGAAACUCCUUCGAAAGAGGAAAACCCAGGGUCAAGUCGAGAAAGAAAUAAUCCAAGUGAGUGUAAGAUGGUCAAGAAAAAGAAACCAACACGAUCGCAAUCCGAAGUGAAAAUGCAAUCGAGUAGAACCACGCUUUUGGGUUCAAUGCGCUCCAAAUCCCAAGAAAGCCGGGGAAACACCUGGGAAUCUUCACAUAAUCAAGAUAAUCAACAAAUGGUAACCUCAUCGCAAAUUGCUUUGGACGACAUUAACUCCAGAACGAGUUCUAUUAGCACAAUCGGUAGUGCUCACCUUUCCCCAUCUGAAUCGCAAACUUCUGGUUACACCACCGAGAGCAGUUAUCAAACGGCUACGGGAUAUGAACUGCUUCCUCAAAAUAGUUCCUAUGCCAGUUUUGAGACCUAUUAUGGACCACCUCCUUCCAAUUUCCUGCAGGAGGUUCAUGUGGCUAUUGAUCCUGCCGCUUCUGGAGAGGAGAUUCAGUCUGUUCGCCGGGACUUGCGAACAUUGCUAACCAACGAGAUGGAUUUAAUCGGAGCAUCGAAUGCUGACGUUGUUUAUUUGAUAGCAUAUAACUAUAUGUAGUUGGUUUUAAAAAUGUUCAAAAUUUUCUGUUCCUAAUUUGGAACAAGGAGCUAUUGACUAAAUGCGAAUUAUUUUAACACCUCAGUGGAAAGCAUGCACUCUUACCAAAAUAAUUAAACAUAGAACAGUAUAAUAAAAUCCACGAAAUAUUUAUUAAUAA